UGUAAAAGAAAGGUCGCAAGUCGGAACGGAGUCCGACAAGUAAAACAAAAAACAAAAAUUCGAUCACCAUUUCUAUCUUCGUCGCUUCAAAAAUCAAUGGAAUCCCCGAUUCUCAAUUCAAUUAUUCAGUCGGCAAACUCUCACUUUCCUCCCCCAAUUCUCCUCUUCCACUUCCCAUCGAUUUCCCGACAAAAAAACAACGCCGACCUCCGCAAUCCACAUCCCAAGUCCCGCGCCGCUCUCCUCCGAUUCCCAACCUUCGCUCCGAUUCGAGCAGCAUCAUCGAACUCCGCCGCACAGCUCAAUUGCCGCGGCUGGGACGACGAUUUCCAUAAACCCACCGGCGACGACUGGGCGGCGGCGAACACGGGCGAGACAUCAUUUCGGCUCCGCGAUUUCGUAGUAUCUAUCGGAAUCAACGAUAAGAGGUAUGCCUUCACUUUCCUGCUCGGAGCCGUCUUCGCUUUUGCGAUCUCCAGGGUCAGAGUUUCGUAUAUCGCCUUGGUUCCAGCUUCCGCUGUGGUUUUCGCAGUUGGGUUUUCUUUCGGGUUUGUACGCAGCGGUACUGGUCUCAGUUUGUUUAGUGCUAAUACAGUUAAGAGAAAGGCGAACGAAGCCUCUUCUAGGUUAUCUAGCGAUAGGGCGAAUGCUGUCGUGGCCGAGUUUCUGAACGAGUUUGGGGUUAAAGUCAGUGAACUGAAGGACAGUCUGCUUAGAGCAAUUGACAGUAGAGAGAUUAAGAUGGACGAUUUAGAACAUUAUGUUCAUGUCAUUGAAGCAAUGGAGACAUCUGCUUUGAAUACUAGACGUUCUAUUGAGGCAACUGCCGAUAGCAUCGAGAACCCUAAACCGGUAAGCAGGAAAAGAAGACAGAUUGGUGAGGUUGGCUCUGAGUUGGUACAAUCUCUUGUUUCCAGAAUGUUUCAACCCAAAAGAAAGGUGGUUAGUCGUCCAAAAACUAAUAAGGUGAAAGAGAAUGACAAUGUUGAACCAGUAGCUACUGUCAGUUUGUCAAGCGAUCCGAUUCUGGAGAUUGAAGAAGGUGUUGACAAGGAUGUUAUUGAUUCCAAGGGUAGUCCUGGUUCUGUUUCUUCUCAAGGUUUUCCCAGUAAGUUAGCUUUGGACUGGGAUGGGGACAGAAGGAUUAGAAUAGUUUCAGAUCAUAUGCAAGAACGUGUGGAUGCAGAAGCUUCUUCUGCAGGGGACCCGAGUUUCCUGGACUCUGAUGGAGCUUACAGUUCUUACAGCAGGAAGACAAAUCAUGGUCAAACAUAUAGUUCUAGUAGCUACAUGGAAGAUAGCAGAAGAUCGAAUGAAGAUUUGCACUUGAUGGAUCGUCAGGAUGUUCCGUGGAGUGAAGCAGGCUCUUCUUCUCCUUCUUCUUCUUACUCUUCUUCAGCAGUUUCAGAUGAUGUGGCAUUCAACAGGUAUCUUACGGAGGCUAACAGCCUUCUGAAAGAGGCUAAGGAGUGCAUAAGAGGGAGACAGGAAGAAGAGCAUGCAGAGGUGUUGUUAUACAAAUCUGCUAAGUUACUGACCAAGUCUGUAGCUUUGAAGCCAAUGAGUUUAUUAGCCGUUGGCCAACUGGGAAAUACAUAUCUCCUUCAUGGUGAGCUAAAGCUGAAAAUCAGUCGCGAGUUAAGAGCUACACUCUCGACGUGGGGGCCAUUGUCAUUCGAGAACCAGGGUUCGAUUAGUGUGGGCCCUAAUGAAAUGAAAAGGAAAGAUAAGCUCGUGGAAAUCCUUACUAAUGUGUGCGAAGAGUGUGAAGAACUUCUUGUGGAGGCAGGCAGAAAAUACAGAACGGCAUUAUCUAUUGAUGGGAAUGAUAUGAGAGCUCUGUAUAACUGGGGGCUUGCUCUAACAUUCCGUGCACAGUUAAUUGCAGACAUUGGACCUGAAGCUGCCUUUGAUGCUGACAAGCUGUUUCUAGCUGCAACUGAUAAAUUUGAUGCUAUGAUGUCCAAAAGCAAUGUCCAUGCACCAGAUGCCUUGUUUAGAUGGGGUUUGGUGCUGCAGCAAAGAUCUCGGCUAAGGCCAGCAAACAGUAAAGAGAAGGUGAAGCUGUUGCAACAGGCGAAAAGGCUGUAUGAAGAUGCACUGCGUAUGGACUCCGACAAUGUCCAAGUACGAGAGGCACUGUCCACUUGCAUGUCUGACCUGAACCGCAGGUUGUUUAGAUCGUUUUGAUGGCCACCAUUUGGCUUCAGCUCGCAACAGAACGCCUAUACUGCAUAUUUUUUGUGGUUGGUAUCUUUCCGGUUAGUUCUCUAUCGUCUCUCUGCCUCUCUAGGAGUUCAUUUUCACGACCCCCUGAUGCAGUCUGCUUGUAGAAAGAACAGUAGAGUGUUGAACAAAUAAAAGGUUGGGAGACCACGAUCAGGGUCUUAGCUUGAUAUGACCGAUAAGGUGUCAUUCCUUUCUUGUCUCGUCCAAUUUCCCAUGGUUCUAAAGACCCCAACUAGGUAACUUGGCCUAGUUGUGGAUGGGAACCAUUUCUCAGGUGUGAGACCAACAACUAGGGUCUUAGCUUGAUAAGGUUAUAUGGCCAAUAAGAAGGUGCAAGUUCCUCCUCUCGUCAAAUUUCCAUUUGUAUAUUGCCCUAAUUCAUGUGACUUAUGCAAUUGCUGUGGUUGUGGGUUGUGCCACCGUUGCCAGUUUUAAUCGAAGGAAGCUGUCACUUUACACUAGUUCACUAAAACGCUUUACGCGUUUAAUUUACUAAAUGGG